ACACACACACACACGCACACACACUGGUCCGCCAUGGAGGUUGUCUUGAGCGUUGCGUUGUUGUUUGCUGCUAGUGAAGGCUCUAAGGGUAGCGACUGGUCCGUGCGCAUGCAGGCGGAGGUGCGGGCCAUGGAGGGUUACCCUGCGGUGCUGCCGUGCACCUUCCUCCACCCGCCGCAUUCCCAGCAUUCCUCUGUGCGGGUGCUGUGGCGGCAGGGUCACGGCGAAGUCGUCUACCGCUGUGCCAGUCUGGCGGGAGCCCCCGCCUGCGAGCCCGGACCGCAGCAGGACCAGCGGUACCGACUCGAGGGCGACCCGCGCGAGCAUGAUCUGUCGCUGCGCAUCAACGGCGCCGCCCUGCAGGACAGCGGCCGCUACUACUGCGGCAUAGAGGUGGAGGGUCACGAGGACAUAAGCGUUGAGGACAAGAUGGGGACCCUUCUGAGAGUGGAGGCUGUUCCCAGCAUCGUGUCUCUGUGGGUGGAGGGCGGGGAGCACGUUGGCUACACGGCUCUGUGCCAGGUCCAGGGCUCGCCGCUGCCCGACAUCCAGUGGCUAGGGCCGGACCGCCUUCUGGAAGGUUCUACAGCCACAACUCAGAGCGACGCUACCAGCUACCUCACCGUCAGCCAACUGCCAGGCGUGAAACUCGGACAGCAGAUCACAUGCAGCGCCUCCAACCCGCUUGGCAAAGACAAGGCCAUGAUGUAUCUGCUGUCCCCACGGACCCUGCCAACUGAUACCGGGGUACCACCCCUUCUAUUGCUGCUUCUGUCCUUGUCUCUAGGGUCGAAGGCCAUCCUGCUGGUGGGGCUGGGGGUGUGGCUCAUUCAGGCCAGAGCACUGUGGUACAAGUGACCCGCCCCGAACUUGGUACCCACACAUUUUGACAAAGUCCAA